UCAACAACAACAGCGAGUCAGACACCUCGGUAGCUUUCUAGCAAACAUAGCUACAACAUUCACGCUCUUUACACUGUUUUGGUGUAUAUUCGCGCUGUGUAUUAAACACACUUCUGUCGUAUGUACUUGAUGACCCACUUAAUUAUAUAUUUACAUUGUUUGUCAGCUAGCUGGUUUGCUACGUUAGCUUAGAACUAGGCUAGUCGCUAAUGCUAACAUCUCCGACCAUGAGUUCACCAAGCUGCUCUCCUCCUGAUAAAGAAGCUCUCAUCAAAGAGGAGGAGGAAGAGGAAGCUGUUACAAUACAAAAACAAGUAGAGGGUGAGGCUGUUACCGUGAAAGAAGAAGAGAAAGACGUUUCAGUGAAAGAAGAGGAGGAAGAGGAGGAGAUGACUGUCACAUUGGAGGAAGAAGAGGAGGUUGGAGAUCUGUUUAACACCAGAGAGAGACGGGACUAUCGUGGAUCCUCUGGGGAGCCUCAACAACCUCAUGACGCUGAAGAGGCAGAGACAAGUUUCAAUAAACACCUGCAGAUAUCCACAGGGAAAAUAACUCAUUGCUCCUCUGACCGUGGGAAGAGAUUCACCUCAUCAGGCAUUACAAUUCAUCAGAGAACACACACAGGAGAUAAAUCAUAUAGCUGUGGUCAAUGUGGGGAGAGUUUUGGUGCAUCUUGCACUCUGACUCUACACCAGAGAACACACACAGGAGAGAAACCCUAUAGCUGUGGUCAAUGUGGGAAGAGAUGGAGGACAUCUGGCCAGCUAACAUCACACCAGAGAACACACACAGGAGAGAAACCUUAUAGCUGUGUUCAAUGUGGGAAGAGUUUUGGUCAACCAACCAGCCUGAUAUCACACCAGAGAAUUCACACAGGAGAGAAACCAUAUAGCUGUAAUCAGUGUGGGAAGAGUUUUGGUCAAUCAAGCGCUCUGACUCUACACCAGAGAAUACACACAGGAGAGAAACCUUUUAGCUGUAAUCAAUGUGGGAAGAGUUUUACUCACAAAAGCACCCUGAUAUCACACCAGAGAAUACACACAGGAGAGAAACCGUAUAGCUGUGAUGAAUGUGGGAAGAAUUUUGCUUUUUUGAGCAAUCUGACUCUUCACCAGAGAACACACACAGGAGAGAAACCUCAUUUCUGUGAUCAAUGUGGGAAGAAUUUUACUCAGCUAAAAAGCCUGAUAUCACACCAGAGAACACACACAGGAGAGAAACCUUAUAGCUGUGUUCAAUGUGGGAGGAGUUUUUCUCAGUCAACCAGCCUGAUAUACCACCAGAGAAUUCACACAGGAGAGAAACCUUAUAGCUGUGGUCAAUGUGGGAAGAGUUUUGGUCAAUCAAGAGCUCUGACUCUACACCAGAGAAUACACACAGGAGAGAAACCUUUUAGCUGUAAUCAAUGUGGGAAGAGUUUUACUCACAGAAGCACCCUGAUAUCACACCAGAGAAUACACACAGGAGAGAAACCUUAUAGCUGUGGUCAAUGUGGGAAGAGUUUUGGUCAAUCAAGAGCUCUGACUCUUCACCAGAGAACACACACAGGAGAGAAACCCUAAAGCUGUACUCAAUGUGGGAAGUUUUUUUUUUUUUUUUUUUACAUCUAGCCUUCUGAAGACACACCAGAGAACACACACAGGAGACAUCUUAUAGCUGUACUGUAUGUGGGAAGAGUUUUGUUCAAUCUAGCUCUCUGAAGAUACACCAGAGAACACACAGGAGAGAAAUCUCAUAGCGUUGAUCAGUGUGACCGGAGAUACUCUGAAAAAAUAUCUCUGAUCAAACAUCAGAAAAUACAUACAUGUCAAUGAUAUGAUGUCACACUGUAGAAUGUUUUAACAUUGUAGUAGGAGUAUUUUAAUGAUGUCACAAUGUAGAAUGUUUUAACAGUGUAGUAGGAGUAUUUUAAUGAUGUCACAAUGUAGAAUGUUUUAACAUUGUAGUAGGAGUAUUUUAAUGAUGUCACAAUGUAGAAUGUUGUAACAGUGUAGAAGGAGUAUUUUAAUGAUGUCACAAUGUAGAAUGUUUUAACAGUGUAGUAGGAGUAUUUUAAUGAUUUCACAAUGUAGAAUGUUGUAACAUUGUAGUAGGAGUAUUUUAAUGAUUUCACAAUGUAGAAUGUUGUAACAUUGUAGUAGGAGUAUUUUAAUGAUGUCACAAUGUAGAAUGUUGUAACAGUGUAGAAGGAGUAUUUUAAUGAUUUACAUUUACAUUUACAUUUAAGUAAUUUAGCAGACGCUCUUAUCCAGAGCGACUUACAAAUUGGUGCAUUCACCUUAUGACAUCCAGUGGAACAGCCACUUUACAAUAGUGCAUCUAAAUCUUUUAAGGGGGGUGAGAAGGAUUACUUUAUCCUAUCCUAGGAUAAAUGAUGUCACAAUGUAGAACCCUAAACGUUUGCCCCCUGUUCUAUUGAUUUCAGCAUGAUCUGGAUAUUAGCCUCAGGGGAAAAUCCAGCCUCUGAAAUGGAAGAGUACUAUUUAUGAGACUAAGUGACUAACAAAAAGAUUUGUUACACUUACCACGUUGGUGACCCACUUGAGUCAAAAUGCGGCGAGCUGUUUUCUACAAAUGGUCCUCUAACCAGUGAUGUACACAUUAUUCACAGAUUCCGUGUGGUUUUUGAGCUGUUUUAACAGGAUGUGCAACCUCAUCUCCCUCCUCUCGGCACAAUGGAUUUCAACGUGAUAUCGAUGAGUGAUGACAAAUAAGUGCAUCACUCCAAAAUGUAGCUAAUAUAAUAAAUGCCAUUUAGCAGACGCUUUUAUCCAAAGCGACUUACAGUCAUGUGUGCAUACAUUCUACGUAUGGGUGGUCCCGGGGAUCGAACCCACUACCCUGGCGUUACAAGCGCCAUGCUCUACCAACUGAGCUACAGAAGGACCAGCUGAAUGUCUUCUGUAGGUUGUCCUCUAACUAGUGAGCUAAAAGAUAUCUCCCAUUUCCAUGUGUUUUUUUUAGAUGUUAGUUUCAACAGCAAGUACAAUCUGACCUCCCCCCUAAUCGAUAUCAGUGAUUUAUUGCUACUUGUCAAAACAACAGCGUUUUUGGUGCUUGUGUCCAUGAUGAGGACAACUUAGUUUCUGAUUGUUUCAUGGUUGGGCAGUCAAAAAGAUUUGUGUUUAGCCAGUGCGGUCCUUGGAUCACACAUUAUUUUGACUUUGCGUAUUAGAGAUGAGUUAUGUUCCAAGGGGACGAGAGUUCUAGAAGCAAGUGAGUUUUAGGAAGGGAAAAGAAUACACUUGUUUUCUUGUUUUUAAUUGUUGCCAGCCAGUAGACACCAUGUUAAUGUAGAAUGUGAAGCAUUGUAGUUGAUUAUAAUGUGAAAUGGAAGUUGUUGUCUGUUGGUGGUGAUCAUUCUUUUAAGGUGUUACAGUCUUUGGUUUCUCCAUUUAUGUUUUGAGGUUGGACGUUAGCACGUAGGGCGCACUGAUUGGUGUCACCUCGUUAGUCAGUAUGUGUUACACCUGAUUUAGUGGGUCUCAUGGUGGGUGACUUUUUUUGUCCCAGUUGUUGUUACUAGUCAACUUUCAGUGGACACAGAGCAAAACUGCAACAUUAUGUUAUAAUACUUUUAUUAGAUCAAAUGGUUGUUUUAUGCUACAGAAUAGAGGGUUCUUAGAACUAUUGUGUCUGUGUGUUCUACUGAGGAUGGGCCUCUGGGAGAUAACAUUUACAGGAGAUUUACAAUGUCUUUUGGGUGAUCUAACCUAAAGAGACAGCAUUCCAGAGCAUGAGUUAAUGUUUCUGUUCUAUACGGUACCAGGGAGAGAUGACCCUGGUCUCUACACAAAGCGUACUGUUUUUACAGCAGCUACUGUCUGCUGAGAAUGAUAUCUUUCAUACAAAUCUUAACCUUGUGACCUGUUCUAUACAUCUAUUAGUCGUCAUGUAGGUUGAAAAGCAUCUAUGAAAGACCUUUGUACUGUUGUCCCGUGGGUUGACCAGCCAUCAUUAUCGUAAAGCACUCAAUUGAAUCUCUUUAUAUGUGUAUGUUGUAAUGACCUGCUCCCUUAUUAUUAAGUGAAUAAAGAUUUAAUUUAAGAAUAA